AUGGGGCGGUCAGGUAUAUUCCGGGCAGUCAAAACUCGAAGACACAACAAGCCGCCUGAUGAGAAGAACGCGGUGUAUGCCAAACCCAACCCUGAAGACGGAUUCAUCAUGCUUUCGAGCUGCUACCACGGCGGCAGCACGGACAACAGAACGGAUGAGGAGCGGUUCGUCACCAGCUGUUUCAUGACUCUGGACGUAGCAAAGUGUUUGCCCAUUCCAGUUCAAAAACUGAUGGGGUACACGGCGAACGAGGUGAGUCAAAGAUUGAAGCAAUAG